CCCGGGACGGGCGCUGGCGGCUGCGGGGCGGCGGGCUCGGGCGGACAUGGCGCUGCAGUUCGGCGGGGCGGGCGCGCCAGGCACAGCCGAGGAGCCGGCGCUGGUGGGGGGGAGCUUCGGGGCUGCGGACUCGUUCCCCAAGGACUUCGGCUACGGGGAGGAGGAGGAGGAGGCGGAGCUGGAGGGAGGCCCGGGGCCCGGUGGGCCCGGGGGCGGCGCGGGCGGGCCUGGCGGCGGCGCGGGCGGGGCGGACUCCAAGCCGCGGAUUCUGCUCAUGGGGCUGCGGCGCAGCGGGAAAUCUUCCAUCCAGAAGGUGGUGUUUCACAAAAUGUCUCCCAAUGAGACUCUGUUCUUGGAAAGUACCAACAAAAUCUACAAGGAUGAUAUUUCCAACAGUUCAUUUGUGAACUUCCAAAUAUGGGAUUUUCCUGGACAGAUGGACUUUUUUGAUCCAACAUUUGAUUAUGAGAUGAUCUUCAGAGGAACAGGUGCUCUAAUAUAUGUUAUUGAUGCCCAGGAUGACUACAUGGAAGCUUUAACAAGACUCCACAUUACAGUUUCAAAAGCCUACAAGGUCAACCCAGAAAUGAACUUUGAAGUUUUUAUUCAUAAAGUUGAUGGUUUAUCAGAUGACCAUAAAAUAGAAACUCAGAGGGAUAUUCAUCAGAGGGCUAAUGAUGAUCUCACAGAUGCUGGGCUUGAAAAACUUCACCUUAGCUUUUAUUUGACCAGUAUCUAUGACCAUUCAAUAUUUGAAGCCUUCAGUAAAGUGGUACAGAAGCUCAUUCCACAGCUGCCAACCCUGGAAAAUCUACUUAAUAUCUUCAUAUCAAAUUCAGGCAUUGAAAAAGCUUUUCUCUUCGAUGUAGUCAGCAAAAUCUACAUUGCAACAGACAGUUCUCCUGUGGACAUGCAGUCAUAUGAGUUGUGCUGUGACAUGAUUGAUGUAGUCAUAGAUGUUUCCUGUAUAUAUGGGUUAAAAGAAGAUGGCACUGGAAGUGCUUAUGAUAAAGAGUCAAUGGCAAUUAUCAAGCUCAAUAACACAACAGUCCUGUACUUAAAGGAAGUAACAAAGUUUUUGGCAUUAGUUUGCAUUCUUAGAGAAGAGAGUUUUGAGCGCAAAGGUUUGAUAGACUACAAUUUCCAUUGCUUCCGCAAAGCCAUCCAUGAAGUUUUUGAAGUAGGUGUUGCCUCCCACAGGAUCUGCAACCAUCAAUCAAGCACCUCAAAUAUGAAAGCAGUGACUCACAAUGGCACACCUAGGAAUGCAGUCUAGAGGAAGGCUAAAGACCUUGGGUAGACUUGUCAGCUCUUCACUCCAAAGUUUUGUGGAACAAGAGAAGAGUAGUCUGAAAGCCUGAAGUAUGUUUCAGAGAAGAGUGGUCCUAACUGUGGAACAGCAGAUUGUAACUCAUGUUGGGCAACUGAAACUACUGUGAAAAUACUUUGAGGCCAGUGGAGUUAGAAAUGCCAGUUUGAAAUCAGCUGUAUUGCAAAUGCAGUAGGUUUUCAGUUUGGAGUCCUCUUUUAACAGUCUGUGUCUGACUGAUUGCCUGGUCAAAACUUACAAGCAAUUGAGUUGGGUUUUGUGUGAAACACUGAACAGUCACUUGCUUAACUUUUAAAAUUUUUUUAAAAUUAAUCUGUAGAAUAUCCUCUUUUGCUUAAGUUUACCUCCUGUCAUGCAAAAACAAAAUUGGUGUUAUUAAGGCUUGUGAAACUCAAGCUUUUUGCUUGCUGAGGCUGGUCUCAAAUCAUUCCAUUAAGUAGUUCUUGUUCUUGCUGGUGUGCUCAUAGUUCUCAUGAAUUCUGUGCUUGUUAAGUGGGUGCAAGAUAGAGAGCUCUGUUCUAGUGAUCAUGUGUUUGUUUAGAGAACUGACCUGGAGCUUCAUUUUGAGAGAAAGUGAUACUUUGCUUUCAGACCACACUUCUUGGUAUGUCCCCUUUGAUGGAAGGAAAGGAUUAAAAUCAGAAAUAAACUACCUGCUCUCUUUUGCAAAAACAUGGAUGUCAUAAAUCUGUGUGAUUAAUCCUAUUCAUGAAACAACUGCAUGGCUAACUAAACUGAAAUGUCUGCCAUCUGUUGGAACAAAGCAGCCACUUUCAGCUAUUCCCAAGCAAAGAAAUUACCAAGUUACUGACUUUUGAUGGUGGAUCUUUCUCCACUCUCUGACUGAUAAUCAAGACAAUUCCUAGCAAAAUGUCUGAGGGUGUUAUCUCUGCAUGGCAAUUAAGUUCACUGUGCCAUAAUUUACUAAUAGUACUGGACUUUGGAAGUACAUUGAUUCUGUACUAUGACAAACACCCUCUCGUUUGUCUCUGUGCAAUCUGACUAAAAUAGUGGUUUUUCUGAUUUUGUGAAUUCUGCUGACUUUCAUACUACGGGCAGUAUAUGUGAAUUCUUUAAUUUAUUGGUAUUAGUAGUGCAGAUGUCAUUCUGUACACCAGCCUUGCUGUGCAGGAGGCUCAGCCACUGGCCCAUAAAGACCUUGCCUCCUUUUACCUGUCCCUGUGUGUGUAUAGGUGUUGCAAAGCCAUUGGACCAACUAUACAAGUCCCACUAUAAAAGUUUCUGCAAGAAGAACCAAUUGGAGUGAUUUCUGCAGCUGGUGUAUUUAUGUGGUCAGAAAUAACCUUGGGACUGCUUCUGUGCUUAUAGAAUGAACUUCCAUUGAUAUAUGUAAAAAUGAAUAUAUACAUGCAUUAACAUUGGGGUGUAUGCACAUUCUGUGUAAAUGUUUUUUUUUUGCAGCAGGAAACUGGAAUUCAAGUGCUCUAGGUCUGUUCUCUUAAAUGUAGGCUGAGCCCCUUUUUGCUAAUGGAACUGUAGAGCUCUUUUUGAGGGAGUGCAGUGGGCUCUUAAGAUUGGGUUUUGUAGUUUGCAAGCACUAUCACAGUUCAGAUUCUGAAGGUAAGAGGAGAAGUAAUUGGCAAAAUAACAGGAAGAAAGAAUCCCCAUUUGUGCAGUGAGUUUUCCAUGUUCUAAGUACAUGCAUAUGUUCUCUUUCUUUUCACCCACUACAGGAUUUUGUGCUAAUAAAAUGAAAAAAAAAAAAAAAGUCAAACUGUAACACUAUUAUUUCUGCUUGUCUUUAUGGACAGAAGUCUAUAAAGGCCUAUGUGGUUAAGCAAACUUUUAAAAGCAAUGUUAUCUUUAUGGUAUACUUAAAAAAGUUAAAUACUACAUUCCCAUUUAGUCAGCCUUAGCUUUCAUUUUAAUGAAAAACUGUCUCAGAACUAAGCUCUGAAAGUCAAAUUUGUUGAAAGUUAAAUUUAAAAGGAGUAUAGUAUUUCUUUAGUUCACUGAAUUAAGUUGCUGUUAUACAAGGAGAGUGUUAAUAACCUGUUGCUGCUUUAGUGAAUUUUUGGCUUCUGAAAGCCAAGGGAGGAGGAAGGAUAGGAAUUAGGCUUUAUUUUCUUCCUUGUGCAGGAGCUUGUCUCUCCUUGCUGUGCUGACCUGCUGCAGGGAGAGGUGCUCUUGGAGAAAAGGGAAGGCAGUAUCACAGUAUCUCCAAUAAAGCACUGAACUUGCAGAGGAAACCAUCAAUCAAAGCUUCACUUUUCUGCCUUUUCCCCCUUUUUCCUCCUCUGAACCUGUAGUGCUGUGGAUAUUCUUCAAUAUUUUUUUGCAAACAAUUGAGGAGCUGUGAUUUUAAGGAGAAGAAUGGUGCAGACAGGGGAGGGCACAGGCAAAACAGUAACCCAUCUGCUGAGAGAAGGAAUCAAAUUUCUUUCUGUUGAAGAAUAAAGCAAUUCCUUGCAAGGUACCUUUCAAAGCUUUGCAUUGGUGGGCACUGGGGCAUUGCUGAUGACUGGCUGAAUUUCCCAUUGGCAAUUAUGCACAGGAGAGGGAUGGAGGGAAAGGCCAAGCCCAGGAAGAGGGGCAGAGCAAUCAAAGGUGGUGUCACUGCUGCUCUGGAGGUGUAAUACUCCUGCCUUUGGCUGUUAGACCCAAAACUCCCUCCUCUCUGCAUCUCUUGCUCUGUAUCUCAUGAAUAGUUGCUGUCCUGUUGGGGAAGAUGAAACAGGAAAGCCCUAUAAAUAUGAUUGCCUGGCAAAAGAUUUUGAGAAUAUGGAAACUAUAAGUGAGAUUGAAAUGAAAGCAAGCUUUGAGAUCCCUCAGUUACUGAACAACUGGAAAACAAUGGCAUGGCCAGCUGAAGGUGAUCCCCUUUGGAUCAAACAAUCCCCUCUGCUUGCAGACAGGCCCAAGGCUCAGAGCAGACCCUGCCAGCUUGGCAGAAGGGGCCCAAAGAGGAGUUUUUAGGGUUUAAAAUGUAACCCAGUGUGGUAAUGUUAUUGGUAUGGUAAAUUUAUGUAAAUUUACAUACAGCCUAUUAGAAUAGGCCUUACAUUAUAUGGUAAUGUAAACCCUAUUCUGAUAGGCUGUAUGUAAAUGCUGUAGGAUUUGUAUCUUGUACUGGAUUGGUUAGUGAGAAUCAGAAUAUUCAGCACAGAAGAAGAUUUAUGGUAUUGUAAUGGGAACCUCGCUCUCACUCUUGCUUUUUAUUCUUUGCUCUCUCUUUGAGGCUCCUCUUUGGGGGCCUGCUCUGAGCUGUGUUUGGCAGCUCCCAGCAGGGCCCCUCUGCAAUAACCCCCAAGUUCCCAGCCCUGGCUGCAGAGAUCUCUGCUCUCUGUCCGUCCCCACCAUCCCACCCUGGUGCCCCAGCGCUGUCCUGCUCGGGGAAUGGGGCAGCUCCGCCCGGCUGGGAGCUCCUCCCGCUCCGCAGCGCCCCGGGCAGCCCAGCCCGGCCUCGGCCGCCGCUGUGCGGGCUCGGGGCGGGCUCAGCCCCGGCCACCCUCGGCCUCGCUCGCCCACGGUGAAUGCCCACGGUGGCUGCGGGCAGCCCUGCCCCGGGGCCGGUACCGGAGCCGCCCCGCCGGGCCCGGGCAGUGCGCGGUGCUGGGAGCAGCCGGACGGACAGACGGACGCCUGUGCGUGCGUGGUUUUUAUCAUUUAGGGAAGAUCUGUGUUCCUUUUGGUGCAGAAUAGCGGGACGCCUGUAAGACUCCACAACAGACGCCUGUGUGGGUGCUUGGUUUUUAUAAUUUAGGACAUUUUAUCAUUUUAUCAUUGCAUUUUAUCAUUUGUGUUCCCUUGGAUGCCGGAGAGUGAGAUGCCUGUGUGUGCGUGGUCUUCUUUCAUUUAGGGAAGAUUUGUGUUCCCUUUGGUACAGAAUAAUGGGACGCCUGUGUGUGCACGGUCUUCUCUCAUUUAGGGAAGAUUUGUGUUCCCUUCCGUGCGGAAUAGAGGGACGCCUGUAAGACGCCACAACAGACGCCUGUUUGUGCGUGGUUUUUAUAAUUUAGGGAAGAUUUUUGUUCCUUUCAAUGCCGCAUAGUGGGACGCCUGUAAGACUCUGCAACAGACGUCUGUGUGUGCGUGGUCUUCUCUCAUUUAGGAAAUAUUUUGAGCUCCCUUUUGUGGCUAAUAACGGGACCCCUGUGUGUGCGUGGUUUUUAUCAUUCAGCGAAGAUUUUGUGUUCCCUUUAGUGCAGAAUAACGGGGCGUCUGUGUGCGCGUGGUUUUUCUCAUUUAGGGAAAGUUUUGAGUUCCUUUUGGUGCGGAAUAGCGGGACGCCUCUGCAUGCAAGGGCUUUUCUCAUUUAGGAAAUAUUUUGAGUUCCCUUCGGUGUAGAAUAGCGAGACACCUGUGUGUGCGUGGUUUUUCUCAUUUUUGUUCCCUUUGAUGUCGAAUAGUAGGACGCCUCUGAGACUCCACAACAGACGCCUGUGUGUGCGUGGUUUUUCUCAUUUAGGGAAGAUUUUUUUCCCUUUUUGUGAGGAAUAACGGGUUUGAGUUUUGGGCUUGGAGCUGUAGACGGCGCUCUGGUAACGCGUCUGCAGGAAAGCUUUAAAAAUGAGAUUCCACUGACCCCUGCUGCUGUGCGUGGGGCCGGCUCCUCCCUUCCUUUCCUUUUCUUGCUAUGCUCUGCCCUCCCAGCACAGUUUUUUAUACCCUGAAAGUUGUGGAAACCGUAGCAAAAACGGUUUUUGAGAAACGUAGCCUUUAAAAAAGGAGUUCUAGAGAUGCCUUCUCUGAAUGCUGGCGUUUUUUGAGGUUUGCAUUUGGUAAAAAUGUCUUGUGCUGUCAGUAUAAACAAGCUGGAAGCUGGACUUGAAGGGACACUAAUUAAGUUUGCUUAUGACACUAAAUUUAGAGGAGAUGUCAACUCCCUCGAAGGAAAGUGAAAGUUGCUCUCUCAUAAUAUAUUGUUAAAUCUGUAAUUACCUUACAAAAUGUUUUUAAAACCUUUUACCCUAUGACAUAACAAAGAUAAAGGGAAUUAUGUUAAUUCCCUGCUUUUAUGUCACUUGGGGCAAAUAAAAGAGAAGUUAUUGCAGUCUAUCCACAUCUUUCUUGACUUUGAUUUUUACAAUCAAGUUUCUAUUGAUGUUGUGCCCAUCCUUCUCUCCCACCAUCAAUCUCUCCAUCCUUUUGGGCUCCCAACUGAUUAUUCUUUAUCUGAAAUCUGUAAGAAAAAGUCAAAGAGGAAAUAUGUUGAAAUACCAAGUAAAAUUAAACCACCUGGUGGAUAAAAGUAGGGUGGAUCCAUUUCAUUCUUUUUGGCUUGCAGCGAGUGAAUUGGUUAUUCAGUGCUCCCCUGUGAUCUAAAGACUGUUUAUCUUUCAUGCCCUCUAGAUGGCUGUCUUGUUCUCUUUGAAAGAAUAUUACACUCUCUGAUAGAGCUGUAAGGCAGAAAGUUUAUCUAAUUAGUCUCAGUCUUUACAUGUUUGUGUAUUUGCAAUGUGCUUUAACGUUUAUGAACAAAAAUUACAAUAUGUGACUUGAAAACCUCCUGUGAACCACUGUCUUCUGUUUCGGGGCAGGAGGUGGAUAAGUACUAACUUGUUUCAGAGAAUUGAAAGUAUUUCCUAAUAAACUUUCCAUUGUAUCAAAAAGCUGCUAACUUAUUGCACAAGAAAACUUUUGUAAAUGAUAAUAUAAUUGCCAAACAACAGCUUAAUAAAGCCACAUCUUCAAUCAUC